AUGUAUUGGCCGCCCCGUGCAGUGUACGGGGCCGUGCCACUGCACUCAGCAUCCCUGCGUGACACAACAACAGGUAACCGCGUCGUGGCGCAGGCCGCCAGCAUUCAUCUCGUCGAGAUUGUCCUUAUUGAAGACUACCGCCGCCUGAAGAGCGACUACGAAGAGGAGCGCGAGGGAAGAGAGCGAUAUAAGCAGCUCGCCCGCGGCCAGGAGCGUAACCCUUUCGCCCUCGUCGUUAUUGACGGAGACGGCUAUGUCUUUGACGAACACUUUGUCGGCGUGGGAGAAAAGGGAGAAGAGGGCGGCAGCAGAGCUGUGAAGCAACUCGUCGAUAGCGUUAAGAGAAGCCUCCGCCGCAAAGGACUCGAAAGCUGCGAGGUUAUGGUGCGCGUCUAUGCUAACCUCGUGGGCUUGUCUAAGUCCCUCUGGAAGAACGGGCUCUGCGGUGUCGAAAAGCGUUCCCUCUCGUCCUUUGUCGCGGGCUUUAAUAGAUCUUAUGGCCUCGCUGACUUUGUCGACGCCGGCGAACUAAAAGAAAAUGCCGACUUUAAGCUCAAAGCUAUCCUCCGCCUCUAUGCCGAUAAUGCCUACACCUCGUCGCCUCUUUCUAUCGGUGAUGGCCCAAGGCCGGAUAGAAACCUCGAUAGCGACUGGCGCCGCGGCUCUAGUAACUCCCUCUCUAAGGGCAAUAUCGAAUCACUGCCCAAGAGGGAAGGUAUCCCGGAAGGCUUUGUCGCUAUUAACCGCGUUGGCGACCGCCUCGAUGCCUUACUGCCCACCCCUUCUGCCGACUCUAUCAAGCGACUCAAGGCGUUAUCCGCCGAGAAGAGGUUCUGCAAUAAUAAGCAGCUGUCUGGCGCCUGCGAAAAUGACGACUGCAAGUACGAGCACAACCUAAUCGCUGAGGAGCUCAAGCUGGCCCUCGAGUGCCUCGCGCGCUCGGUCCCGUGCCCUAGGCGCGGCGGGUGCAGGAAGGCUAAUUGCGUAUAUGGGCAUGUCUGCUAA